AUUAAAAUUUUCAUGUCGUUCCUAUUCAAUCGAAUGUUAAAUGGUCAAGUUUUUUCAUAACUAACCUCCCAGUCGAGUUAUGAGUACAUUAAAAUUUAUUAGAAUUAAAAAAAUUCACAUAACUUCGAAAUUCGACCUUUGAUAAAUAACCCCCUUAGACUACAAUUUAGGUUUGCACAUUCUCAGUACAGUCUAUUCCCACAAUUUUAAGCUAUUGCACAUGAGUAAAUCUAAAUAUGACAGAGGGACCACUGGGAAAGAAAGGUAACGUGGUGUUCCAGUGCAGCGAUUCAAACCCCAGGCCGGUGCAAAGCUAAUGAUUUUAUUCAUUGUGGAGUGCCCAAAAUGUUGACACUCUUCAGUAAAUAGGUCAUUCCUCGAAUUUUAAUUCUGUAUAAGAGACAUGAAAUCAGAGCAAUGUGGCCACCCCCAGAGUGAGCAAGUUGCAUAUGUUCCCACAAACUGGUUGCCUGGCUGGCUGGCCCACAUCUGUUCCUCUGUAAAUGUUUAUGUUUUGACAACUCAUGAGGUAUAUGCAGUUUUCACAGCUCACUUCUGUUUUAAUACAGGCUUUAAUAUAUGGUAAUAGCUAGAGGAUUCCUCUAACAAGCUUGAACUGCUGCACAGAUGUCUCUGUUUUAGAUUUUCUGGUGCAUGAUCCUUUAUGUAUGGGGCAUUGAAGAACACAGACCUUGCAUGACUGAAUUGGUCCUCAGGGUAUAGAAACUGGACCUGGUGCAUCUGGCACAAACAUGCAGGGCACGCAAUGAUAUCUAGGAAACAUAUUGCCCUACGUAACACCCAUAUUAUUCGUGCUGGCUGCCCCCAUUAUUUCAAUUCAUUUCAGUUUUAAACAUCUUUCUCUAAAGAUGCUGUAGCAGAGACUCAAAUAGACCCUGAUGGUUCCUAAUUAUAUUGAUAUAACACCCUCUUCCCUUAAUGAUGAUGGUGCAGUGUUUAUGAUUGGUGAGGAUGUACAUUCUGUGAUUAUAUACCUUGUCUGUGCCAUAGCUUUUUGUAUUUGUGCAGUUGUAAAAACUGCAACUCUCAUAGAAGAGCUAGCUGGGAGUAGAAGCACAAAAGGCUGCUUAUGCCUUUUCAGAGCUGCAUAUUUUGUGUUCUUCAUGUUAUAUAUGUGUCUGUGUGAGUCGUAUAGCCAUACGUGUCUGAGGACUUUGUUUCAUGCUGCUGAUGAACUGGGUUGUACUGGGCACUGACUGGGACACAGCGCUCUCUGUUUCUUUAUUCUGUCAGGGAUGAUGUCAUCGCCACAUGUUCUCUUCUCUUAAAGUCAUAGGCACCUUCUGCAUAAUGGGAGAGAGACAUGACUUGACACAGCUGGCUCAGGCUUUGUAUGAUAAUUCUGCUGAAAGCCCAGAGGAACUGAGUUUCCGCAGAGGCGAUGUGAUGCUAGUUCUAGAGCGAGAUGCUCCAUCCCUUGGUGGUUGGUGGCGUUGUUCUCUGAGAGGGCAGCAAGGAAUUGCUCCUGGAAAUCGUCUUCAGCUUCUCCCUGAGACACCACAAGAGGAAAGUGAGUAUCAGGCUCCCCGCUUUCUUGGGGUCACAGCAGAGGCUGGAACAGUACAAAAAGUUGAAAAGGGAGCACGGGAAAGAAGGGAGGAACCUAAAAAUCAAGAGAAGGGAUCCGAGAAUCAAACUGAAACUGAGGUAUACCAGGUCCCUUCUGUUGCCCGUCUUUGUCUCUCUUCUCAACCUGCUAGUGCUCAGGAUGACAUUUAUAACUCACCGCGUCUAGUUGGCUCACAUAAACAACAGCCAUCAGAGGUUUAUGAUACUCCUUCUGCACUAAAAAAAGACCCACUUUCAGCAUUAGACACCUACGAUAGCCCUGCAUUAAGGUUAAAGGCUGCAGAUUCAGCUGCUCUGGUGCCCGAGGAGAUUCCAGAAGAUAUUUAUGAUGUUCCUCCUACUUUUAACAAAUCCCCUUUUGAUGAUGAUGAGAAAGAUGAAGGUGUAUAUUCCAUGCCAUCUAACUUGAAGCGGGCAUCAGGGCUCCAAAAUCUGUAUGAAGCUCCUGAAGAUAUUUUAGGCUCAGGACACCUCCCUGAAAUCCUUCAGUCACCAGCAGCUCAGCGCCUCUCAGUAUGCAGCACUGGCAGUACCCGUUCAGCAGAUUCUGCUGGAAGCCGAGAGUCAAAUAUUCCAUCACUUUCUAUAUGGGAACCUCGUAAUGAUGGCACCUGCACGAUGGAAGGCCUGAGGAUGUUACAUCAAGAACUGCAGGUAUCUAUUGUUCCUGUGCUUGCGGGAGUAGAAAAGACUUCAGGGCCAGGAGAUCUAGAUGACUCUGGAACAGCUAAGAAAGUUUUAGGGGCUCUGAAGGAUUUUCUUGUUAUGGCACAUGUUGCUGGGCUUCGUUCUUGCCAGGCCUCGGAUCCUGCUUUGCAUAGGGAACUUUCAGUGCAUCUGGACCAACUGGAACAUGUAGCUAGAGAACUUUUAGACAAAGGCAGUGAAAAGCCAAUGAUGCAGCUAACUCAGGAGCACAGCAAUUGCUUUAUGAGACUAGUUAGUGCCAAUGCUGGCCUUCUUUUUCCGAGACCAAGGCUUUCUUCCAGUGAGAGUCUUUCCCGACGUCCUCUUCCUGCAUUGCCUACAGCCUCUCCUGCCAUCCAACGAAAAGGCAGCAUCCAGGACCGUCCUUUACCACCACCACCACCACCACCACUUCAACAUGUAGCAAGUUCAGAUGAUAUUCACAGCGAGUAUGAAAGGAUACAGUGUAGAGACAAUCAUUAUGUACAUCUGCAGGGUUCCAUUACUGCUCAGAAUAUAUCAAAGCACAAAGACAGACAAACAGAUACGGUUCAAGUCAGCAUCCAGGAGGAGAAACAGAUGGACCCUUUUCCUGAGCUGUCUGAAGAGGAUCGUCAUUUGCUUCAUUUCUAUGCCACUCAGAGCCAUAGCCAUCUACAGACACUAUUGUCCUGUGUAGGAACGUUCCUAGCAAGUGCCAGCUCACAGCCCCCUCGUGUCUUUGUGGGGCAUGGGAAGCAGUUAGUGAUUGCAGCACACAAGCUGGUGUUCAUUGGUGAUACACUUGGAAGAUUGCUUAGUUGCCCUCCCCUUCAGACACGGUUAGCGGGAGAAGGUGCAGUACUGUGUCAGGCACUGAAAGAUGUUGUGCUGGCAACAAAGGAGGCAGCUGCUCUUUACCCAGCCCCUGCUGCACUCAAACAAAUGGCAGUUACAGUCUCAGUGCUUUGUACUUGUGCCCACAGCUUUACAGACUUACUGCAGCACCUGGCUACAUGAGCUCACAGGAUCUGGAUUCCUAUUGAUGGCCUGCUCACAAAUGCCAUAGGACAGAACUUGGCUCUGAAGAUCGGAUGCUGUAUAACAAGCCUGCUAGGCUUUUUUUUUUUUCUAAGCAAGUUAUUUAUUUUGUAUUAUAAACAAGUUGUUUCACUGUGAUACCUAAAUAAAUACUGUAAACUACAGCAUGAUAAUCAAUCAUGCUGUAGAUAAAGAAA